CUUUACCUUACCUUAAUCAGUCAACUACGUGUUACAGAGACGCCAUUGUCGACCCCAACUCAAAGCUCUCUCGGUUUCAGAUUGCUUUCAGAGAGAUUCGUUCUCAUAUUUCUUGGUUCUGUUUGUUUCCCAAGAAAGCAGGAGAAAUCAAAUACAACUUUCUUUGAUUGUUUUCCCUUUUGUUUCUUGCUACCCAAAAGGAGAAAAUUUUUUUCCCUUUCCUUCUCUGUUUAUUGGGAGCAUUUUGUCUGUCUCUUUCUGUAGUUUUUGUUUUUUUUCUUUUGGCAGUAAUUUGCUAUAAAGUUCUAUUUCUUCUGUGUGUUCAGAAUUUCAACUUUAAUCAGGCAAAUGCAAAUGCUUGCAUGAAUUUUGGCAUUUGGAUUAUUGAAAUUAAGUGGAAAACUUAGGAUUAAAGAGUAAAGGUGAAGGCUUUGAUGGAAUCUGGAAAAGGCAUUGCAGAUAAGAUAGGAACAAAAGAUUUAGUGCUUCAGAUUUCAAGCCCAGAAGAAGCUUUUGUCACCAGUAAGGAGAGGAAAGAUCCUAAAGCUUUUUCUUCAUUCACUGAUAGGAGCACUUACUCUUUUUCAAUGAAUUGUCAGUUGGAGUCUUCCCCCAACACUCUUGCGCUGGCACAUGCCUCCCCAUUUAGACGAUCUCCCUCUCCUUCUAAUGAAGUUUUCAGAGAUGCUCCAGCAGCAAAUAAGCCACCAAAAAUUCCAAGGAGUUCACUGGCAAGGCCUGCAUUUUUGAAGGCAAAAUCGAGAUUGAUUGAGCCUGCUUAUCCGAAUGAUGCUAAAUUGAUAGAGGAGAAGACCGCUCAGAACGGGAGUUCAAGCUCACCUUAUAGGAGCCCACCUAACAACAAAGUCAGUACUCCUAGGGAGAAUUUGAGAUCAGCACCCAUUACUCCUAAAACGCCUUUGAUUGACUCACCAGGUGACGAGGAGGAAGAUGAUGAGGUCUACAAAACUGCUGAUCUUAAAGUAAGUGCAAAAUUGAGUAAGAAGUGGAAAAUUUCCGCUAUGAUUGAGUGGAUUGCAUUUGUUUGCAUUCUGGGGUGCCUUAUUUCUAGUACAACUGUGCACAAGUUGCAAAACUGUGUGAUUUGGGGUUUGCAAUUGUGGAAAUGGUGUGUGCUUGUAAUGGUUAUUUUCUGUGGUAGAUUGUUGACUGAAUGGAUGAUGAAUGUUGUUGUUUUCUUGAUUGAGAGGAACUUUCUGCUCAAAAAGAAGGUUUUGUAUUUUGUUUUUGGACUGAAGAAGAGCGUUCGGGUUUUUGUGUGGUUGGGUUUGGUUCUUCUAGCAUGGGGUUUGUUGUUUAAUCAUGGAGUUAAGAGAUCAAAGACAACUACUCAGAUUCUACAUUAUAUAACAAGGGCUCUUGCUUCUUGUCUUAUCGGUGCAGCUAUAUGGUUUGUGAAAACACUUUUAGUUAAGAUAUUAGCUUCUUCUUUCCAAUGUACAAGAUUCUUUGAUAGGAUUCAGGAAUCAAUCUUCCAUCAGUAUAUACUACGGGUUCUCUCUGGGCUUCCAUUGAUGGAGAUGACAGCAAAUGUUGGGAGUACAACAAGCAGUGGCCGCCUGAGUUUCAAGAACUUGGAGAAGCAAAAAGAUGGUAAAAAGGAGGAGGUGAUUGAUGUAGAGAAGCUAAAGAAAAUGACACAAGAGAAAGUGUCUGCUUGGACCAUGAAAGGUUUAAUGAAUGUGAUAAGUGGUUCAGGGUUGUCUACCAUUUCAAAUGAACUUGAGGAUGUUGCUGAUGAGGAGGAUGAGCAAAAGGAUAAGGAAAUCACAAGUGAAUGGGAAGCAAAGGCUGCUGCUUACAGGAUUUUCAGGAACGUAGCCAAAGCUGGUAGCAAGUAUAUCGAAGAGGAGGAUCUUUUGAGGUUCUUGAAAAAGCAGGAAGUUGACAUUUUGCUUCCAAUGUUUGAAGGCACAGCAGGAACCGGACAGAUCAAGAGAAAAGCAUUAAAGAAUUGGCUGGCAAUUAUUGAAAACCAGCAUAGGAACAGGGACCUAACUAAUACAAUUUUCUUUAUGUCCACUCUUGUGACUGCAUUGUUGCAGGUCAAUGUUUACCUUGAACGCAAAUCUCUUGCACACUCCUUAAAUGAUACCAAAACAGCCAUAGAAGAGCUGAACAAGCUUGCUUCAGGGUUUGUGAUGAUUGUGAUCAUCAUUAUCUGGUUGCUUCUAAUGGGCUUUUUGACGACCCAAGUACUUCUCUUCAUUUCAUCUCAGCUUUUGCUUGUGGUAUUCAUGUUUGGUAAUUCUGCCAAGACAGUCUUUGAAGCCAUCAUAUUUGUAUUUGUGAUGCACCCAUUCGAUGUAGGUGAUCGCUGUGUCAUUGAUGGAGUACAGUUGAUUGUUGAAGAGAUGAAUAUUUUGACAACAAUCUUUUUGAGAUAUGAUAAUGAGAAAAUAUUCUACCCAAAUUCAGUUUUGGCUACCAAACCCAUCAGCAAUUUCUACAGGAGUCCAGAGAUGAGUGAUUCUGUGGAGUUUUCUGUUCAUGUUUCCACAUCGGUAGAGCAAAUUGGAAAUCUGAAAGCUAAAAUAAAAGAGUACCUGGAGAGCAAACCUGAGCAUUGGCGUCCAGGUCACAAUGUAGUGGUUAAGGACAUUGAAGAUUUGAACAAAAUGAAAAUGGCCCUCUACGUUACUCAUACAAUAAACUUUCAGAACUAUGGUGAUAAGAACAGCCGAAGAUCAGAACUUGUCUUAGAGCUGAAGAAAAUUUUUGAAUCUCUUGGUAUUAAAUACCGUCUUCUGCCUCAAGAAGUUCAAGUCAGCUAUGUUGGAUCAGCAGCUGCCACAUUUCCACCACCUGCUCGAUGAUAGGCUCCCCCUUCUUCCACUUCCAAGUUCAAUGGAAGCAGGGCAAUGGGAAGCAGUUUGCAAGAAUAGGGUGACCUGAAAUUUUCUGUAAUUUUUCUCAAGUAAUUUGAUGAAUUCUAGCUUACAAUCAUAUGAAAAAAUAGCGCAAGUAAAGGUCAAUGCCCUGAAAAAUAAAUGUUAAAAUGAAGAUGUGAAGUAAAAUAAAGAAAAUCUUUUUCCCAGUGGGACAGAAACAUGUAUGUGUACUUUUUUGUAAUUGAUUACCUAAGGAAUGUCAUUCGAAGUUUUGAGGGUGAGUUUCCUUCUUCUUCUUCAGAUUUUCUUCUUUUCAAUUCCUUUGGCCCAAAAAAAGUCCGAAAUUAAAG